GAGAGAGAGAACGAGGUACACAGGGUGAAUUCUGUGUGAACGAAAAGAGGAAGAAACACAGGGCCCUUUUUUUCCCUAGAUUCGCCUGUGGAAGGGAAUGAACAAACAGGCAAAACAGAAGGUACAUAAGGAACAACCUUGUCAUACCGCAAUUGAACACGCCUCAAGAUCUGCUUUCGUUCUCCACCUGAACCGCAAGAAUCUCUUUCUCUCUCUCCACUUUAAUCUCUGUUAAACGCCACUGUGCCAACCCUCGGGGGAGCACAGCCUGAUUCUGAUAAGUUCAGGCCACGUAUCCCUCAUCCCUCCUGUGCCUCUCUUCCUUUGCUUUCUGUCUUAAGGGUGAGGAAGGAGCAUAACAAAUCAUCCUAAAUACCUGCCCUGCAGGGGGAAGACAUCUUUAAACGCUCCAUAACUUCUUCCUCCAUAAUCUCUACAUUAUGACCUUGCUGGCGUCUGAGAGGUCAAUGAUCAUCCGCAAUAAGUUCCGCUCAGUUCUGCAGUUAAGAAUACAGAACCGCAGACAGCAAAAUGAACUCAAUGCAGAGUCUGGUACAAAGACAUAUGUCCCUGAUAAAACUGGAGAGAAAGAAGUCAGCAAUGGCUUGCAUCAGACAGAGGAUGGCACCAUUCAGAAGUCUCCCCCUAGUGGUCUGACUGCUCAAACUGCACCAGAGAGGGGAUAUGGUGGUGCUCACAGGCAGAAGAAGGCUCGUCUGGCGGAGGAUCUGAGUGAGAAAAUCCAGAGACAGCCUGGACCACUUGAUCUCCUGCAGAGGAAUAUUCUGCCUCUAGAGAACACUCCUUCAUUGCCAUCAGAUGCCUUUGAAGAUGACAAUUCUUCUUCCCUCUCUGCAUCUCCUGAGCAACUCGGGAUGCACCAAUCUCCUGGCUUCUCAUCAUCACCUGUGCUAGGCAGUGACCAGUCGCUGAGUGAUGCGUCACCUGUUGCUAUGCCCAUCAGCCCAAACAGUGUACAGUGCAGAUUGGCGUUGCUCCCGGCAACCGAGUGCAUCAGCCAGCCAAUGACCAUGACAGUAACAGGGUCAAACUCUAUUUCAACGACUGGGAGACCCAAAGGGAUGUACAUGCCCUCCCAGACACUUCCGCUGCUGCCAAAGCAUAAGCCUUCCAAGCCUUCAGCUCCACCUUCUCAUUCCAUUCUGGGUGGGUCCUUAACUUCAUCCCGCCCUCCACGGCCACGGAAGCCUCGCGAUUCUAAACCCAAAAUGAGGAAGCUGAAAUACCAUCAGUACAUUCCCCCAGAUCAAAGGGCUGGGACUGGGAAUGGAGCUGGGAACACUUCACAAAAGAAUAACAACAUCCAGACUCCGCCCACUGAUUCCUCCUACUCGCAUUUCUUGGAGCAACAGCAGGUGUUCUUACAACUACAGAUUGUUAACCAGCAACAACAGCUCACUGUGACAAACAGUGAACACCAACUGAAGAUUUCUGGAACCACACCUCAAAGCUCCCCUCAGUCUGGAACACCAUCAGCAAGCCCCUUCACUGAUGAUACGAGUCCCAUGCAGCAGGCAGAGUUACUUCCUUCAAACCUAGAUGACCUAACAGUGUCAGUGCUUCGUCAGCAGUUACGGAAACGUGGACUCCCUGUUUCGGGCACCAAGCCUGCACUGCUGGAGAGACUUCGCCCUUUCCAGGUGCCUCGCCCCCCGGUAACCCCUGCUCCACUUUGCCAGCUAAGGUCCACAAUAGAACCCACUCAUCCUGCUGGCCUCAACCAAAUCACCACCAGCAUUGACACCUCUACCAAUCCAGCUCAGAUUUACAUCCAUACCCCGGGUUUAGCAGAGCAAAGCUUGGCUGGUGAUAGUUAUUUCACUUCUUCUUCUGCUGGCUCCAGCCCCAGCAUACAUACUCACUCACCUUCAAUGCCCUCUGGUGCCAUGUGGAGGCCAAGCCAGGCAGUAGAUGAGCUUAGCAUGGAGCUUGAAAUGAGAGAGUGGUUGAGGAGCAGACCAAGAGAAGAAGCAAAAGACACUCAGCUUUGUGGAGGUUCCCUUCAUUCGUUCCUGCAACAGGACUCAGGAUGCUCCAGAGGGAAACCGGACACAGCUGGACAGGAAGCACUCUUUACAUGCUGCACUGGUGAUGGGAAAGUGAACUGUUGUCAGCUUUGUGAUGUGAUUGGUCAAGAUUUUGAUUUGCCUAUGCAAAUUACAGCCAGUCCAACACAAGCCUCACCAGCUGUCCGCAGUUUAGAGGAGGAGAUACAGGAGGCUAUUCAAAGAGUGCAGAUGGACCCGACUCAAUCCAUAGAUGACAUUUUAAAGGAGACUAUUGGUUGUUCAGAUAACACUUCUCCCAUCACAGAUCUCCAACAAUCAGCCACUACUGUCCUGUCAGGCUCCUCCCCUGCCUCACAGCCUGAACAAUCACAGUCCUCCAAGCGCCAAAAAGAUGACAACUUCCUGUCCUCUCCUCUGUGCUCUUCGCUUCUUUUGGAGCUUCCUCCAUCUCCUAACAAUGCUCCGCCCCUUGGUUCUACCCCAGCUCCACUUACCCCUCCUCCUAUCUGCACCACUCCACCAUCCAGCUCGCUGUCCAGAAAAAGAAGGUCAGAGGUUCCUGCUUUUGACCCUGCUGACUGGCUGGAGUCCUUGACCUCUGGUGUACAUCCACUCACACCUUGUGCUGCCCCAUUUCUAGAAAGUGACUUUGGCCUUGACUCAGACCUGAAUGUCAACAGAGUCCUCGAACUGAUGGUGGAGCAAUGGUGAGAAAAGGGCAAAGUGUGCAUCUGUAUGUGCGUAUGUCUAAUUGAAUGCAUGAUUGGAAAUUAACCACCUGUCAAAUUGUGGUCCCUAGAGAGGUGACCCCCUUAUCCUCUUAUUCAUUCUUCCAUUUUUGUAUCCAUCCAUCUCUGUCAACUGAUGUGACCAAACAAAUCUAACUGUCGUUGACUGCUAAGCUCUACUCCACGCAAUGUCGAGAGAAAGAGACAGAAAGGGGGGAAAAAAAGAGAUAUGCUUUGGUAACUUGUAUGGAACAAUCCACAAAUCUUUGAGCAUGUGCACAUACACUACACUUUCAUUGAGUGAAAAAUGAAUAUAUUAUACAAGAAAGCGGGUUUCCUCGUUGAUUCGCCUCUUGCUUCAGUGCCAGACUAACUGUCGGCAUGUGGCAACCGUGUGGACCAGCGGGAGCAUCAAACAAUCUGUGUGUUUUUGCAGGGAAGUGUAUGCGCUCCCUGUAUGCAUUAGUAUGCUUCCCUUGGCUGCUUUAACUGUGUGUGUGUUUGUGUUAGCUCAUACCCACUUGCCAGCAUGUUCUGUAUCUACACCGUAAAUGAGGUGCAUAAGCACACAUUUGCACUUUUUUUCUGUUUAUACAGACAUAUAUCUGGUGUACAUUUUUUUCCAUUUCUUGUAGUGUUACACACUGUUCAUUUCAAGUUAUGUUCUGCUUUUUCUGGAAUAGUAAUAUCAUGGGGCUAGUGUUAACUCAAAAGCAUCAGCUCAAAAAGGCACCUUCUAAAUAUUUAAGGGUAGAAUAACUUUUGCUACUUUUUGGCAGCAAUAUAGUGCAAAACAAUGCUGGUUUAAAGGCCAGUAUGUUCCUUUAGCUGGACUGCAACCUCAAAUUAGGUAUGGACUUCGGGGGAAACCGGGCUUUUAAAGAAGCCAGAUGUAAUUUACUUGGAAAAUCUUAAGGUCUUGACCCUCCAUUUAUCAGCCAAACAAUGUGUACAAAUUAAUGAGUGAUCUUUUAACCUUUACUGUUUAAAGUUUCUUAAUGGGACCCAUACAACAUCAUCUACCAUGGCUGUUUACAUAAAUCUGACCUUUCGCAUUGCCCGUUGCUGUUAUGCAAUGCUUAGGAAAUAGCAUUAUUCGUGCAAUAUGCUUCCAAGAAAGGGUACAGGGAUACAAUCCAUUUAAAUAUCCGAAGAAAGUUGUGAAAACAUGAACUCUUUUAUUCUUUCCCAGUCUUAUAUGUGAAAGUUAAUGUGUGAAUAGGACAAUGUGUUUGAUAAUCAAAGAUAUUGUCCAAAGUUCUGUGUGCACAAAGUUGCUGGAGAAUCACAGCAUUUGUGCAGCUGGACCUUGAUGGUUCUCAAAUGAGUUGGACUUUUUUUCUGUAAUCCCAUGACACCUACAACUAAGGUUGCUUUUAAGCCAAAUGUUGUGUCAGAAUAAAUCAAUGACCAACCUACCAACCAAAAAGCAAACCUUUUUAAGUGUUUGAUCAAAUAUAUUAAUUGAUAUAUUUAUUGAAUAAUUUAUUUAAACUAUCCUAGUUAAAAUGAUAUUGUAAAUGUAAAACUGUAAAAUUAAAGUCUUAAUUGAUUUUCAAUAGUAGAUACGUUGAACUUCAUCCUCUGAUGAAGUCAUCAAUUAUCAAUUAAACAUUUGCCACAAUUUAUAAGAAAGAUGUAUCAGAAUGGGAAUGUUGAGAGUAAAGUAAGUAUAUCUUGAGUAGAGAGUAAUAUGUCAAGGUGGUCAUGGUGAUCACUGAGCUUUCUUCUUACAGGAAAUGUAAAUGUAAACGGUUCCUAUUUUGUUUUGUCAGUCUUCUCUUUCUUACCCAUUUUCAGUAUCUACAGUAGUAACUUGCUCCUGCUGUAAACGAGCUGAGCGAUUGUUUACCUUUCUGUUAAGUUAAUUUAAUUUCCAAGAAAGUCUACAUUUGUAGAUGGUUAGAAUUUAGUGGGAGCUUGAUUGCUGCUCUAUCUACAUGAGUGUUAAAUUGAAUUGUACAUCAUAUGAACAUGGGAGGCCUUUGAAGACUCAGGCACCUGCUCAAAAUAAAAGGUGGAUGUGAUGUGAAAAAUAUGGAUCAGGCAAGUGACCACUUGUGAAAAGAUCUGCUUUCAGAAUUGAAACACUCCACACAAUGAUACUAAUUCACACAAACUAACUAUUCAGUUACAAAACCAUGCAUUAUUCAUAAAUGUUACCUUUUGCAAAGCAGUUUCAGUUUCUUUGUGGUUUAAUUACUUGAAUGUGUUAAUUGGAUAGCUCAAAAUGUUUGACACAGGGUGUGAGCUCACUUACACAACAUGACAAAGUCAGUAUACAUCGAGAUCAAAGAAUAUGUCACAUUGGUGGCAGCUUAUAAAGGACUCUGAAAUAAUAUUAUGAUAACAUGCAUCCUGUUUUGAUAAGAUUCAUGAAUAUUGUUGUUUAUGUGUUACUGAUAGCGUUUUAGUUUGCAUUACUCUGCAUUACUGCAAAUAUAUUUUUUUAUUUUAUAGUUUUAUAUAAUCUUUGUAAUCAACUGAAGUUUAAAGCAGAGUAAUGUUUUCAUAUGUAUGUGCAGAGCACUAGAUGGUGCUAGGACAUGUAAUCGAGUUUGAAAUCAUGAUCACUAAGGAGACUGCUAAUUUAUAGUGAAAAAGGAGUUACAUUUUUGUCUGUUCUCACCCAAAACCGACUGGAUCACUCCAGAAACAUAAAUUAAACCACUGGAGACUUUUAUGCUGCCUUUAUUUGAUUUUUGGAGCUUGAAAGGUCUGAUCACCAUUUACUUGCAAUGUAUGGACCAACAGAGCUAAGAUAUUCUUCUAAAAACCUUUGUAUUCAGCAGAAGAAAGCCAUACACAUCUGGGAUGGCAUGAGGGUGAGUAAAUGAGAGAGUUUACAUUUUUGGGUGAACUAUCCCUUUAAAAACAGCUGGUAUAAAUCAGCAAUAUCCUUAUAUUAGUGACACUGUCCUACAUUCGUUGUAGAUAUUUAAACAUACAGUGUUAUUAUGAAAGAUAAAUAACAUCAAGAAAUAAAAAUAUGAAGGAGUAUAUUUUUUGCCUUUUUAUAACUCUAAUAUUUGAAAGAUUGUUUCCUUUUCAUGGUCACUGUAGAUGAAAGACAUUACAAACAACAACUCUUUUAAAGAGAAAACAAGGCCUUGAUUGAAUAGAUUUACACUUGUGCACAUCUUCUAAUGAUUUUAUAUACCUCAGAAGACACAACAUUUCUGGAAAGGGAACAUAGUAAGCAACGAUGCUCCCUGGUUUUUAUGGUGCAUUCUGGGAUUUUUUAGGGGGUAAACGUUUCAGUGCUCUGAAAAGAUUUUGUGAUUGAGACAGCUCUAGAAAUGGCUGACUCCCUGAUUUGGUGCUCUGCUGAAAAUGCCUUUCUGAGUUCACCAUGAACGCGCAUAAACUCUGAGUUUCAAACUCAGGGUUCAGUAAACUAACACCAAACUGGUAUUUUGGAC